GGCAAUUGUGGAACAGCGGCAGAUUGCAUUACCAUUUGACUGUAGUUAACCAAACUACAGAGCAUACAGACAGAGCGCUGCUGUAUCAAUGGGAAAUUAUAAAUCAAGACCUACUCAGACAUGCACAGAUGAGUGGAAGAAGAAGGUGGGUGAAUCAUAUAACGUUAUCAUUGAGAGGUUGGAGGAUGAUUUCCAGCUACAAGAGUCCCAGAUAGCAGAUCUCAACCUUGCAUUUAGCUCUGAUGAGGCAUUUCAGAAGGUGAACCUGAACUACCGAACAGACAAGGGGCUGUCUCUGCUGCAUCUCUGCUGUGUCUGUGGAGGAAACACAGGCCAUAUUCGUACCCUGAUUCUCAAAGGGCUGCGUCCAUCACGACUGUCUAAAAAUGGCUUCACUGCUCUUCACUUAGCGGCUUACAAGGACAAUGCUGAGUUGGUGACAGCGCUGCUUCAUGGAGGUGCAGAUGUUCAACAAGUGGGCUAUGGGGCUCUCACUGCCCUGCAUGUGGCCACAUUAGCUGGACACCAUGAGGCAGCUGAUAUACUCCUACAACAUGGAGCAUUUGUGAAUGUCCAGGAUGCUGUGUUUUUCACCCCUCUUCAUAUUGCUGCAUACAAUGGUCAUGAACAAGUGUCUAAACUGCUGUUGAAGUUCAGUGCUGAUGUGAAUGCUUCUGGUGAAGUAGGAGACCGACCUCUGCAUCUGGCUGCAGCAAAGGGCUACCUCAGCAUUUGCAAACUUUUAAUGUCAGAAGAAAGCAAGGCUAAUGUGAAUGCCCAGGACAAUGAGGACCACGUCCCUCUUCACUUCUGUGCCAGAUUUGGUCACCAUGAGAUUGUGCAUUACCUUCUACAAGGCGGCUUUGAUGUACAGCCUCACUCUGUCAACAUUUAUGGGGACACUCCAUUACACUUGGCUUGCUAUAAUGGAAAGUUUGCAGCAGUGAAGGAGCUUGUGCAGCUUUCUGGUGCAGACAGCAUUCCUAAAGAGAACAUCUUCAGCGAGACAGCUUUUCACAGUGCAUGUACUUAUGGAAAAGACCUGGAAAUGGUGAAGUUUCUGUUGAAUCAAAAUGCAAUGAGCAUCAACCAUCAGGGCCGAGAUGGACACACAGCACUCCACAGCGCCUGCUUCCAUGGACAUAUCCGAUUAGUACAGUUCCUCUUAGAUAAUGGGGCAGACAUGAACCUGGUAGCCUGUGACCCCAGUAGAUCCAGUGGAGAGAAGGAUGAGCAGACCUGCCUGAUGUGGGCUUAUGAAAAAGGCCAUGAUGCUAUUGUGACAUUACUAAAACAUUACAAACGGCCUGAUGAUUCCCCCUGCAAUGAGUACUCCCAGCCAGGAGGUGAUGGAUCAUACGUGUCUGUGCCUUCUCCUCUGGGAAAGAUCAAAAGCAUGACUAAAGAGAAGGCCGAGGUUCUCCUGCUCAGAGCCACCCUCCCUUCUCAUUUCCACCUACAACUUUCUGAGCUGGAGUUUAAUGAAAUAAUUGGAUCAGGUUCAUUUGGCAGGGUUUACAAAGGCAAAUGCAGAAACAAAAUUGUUGCUAUCAAACGGUAUAGAGCCAACACAUACUGCUCUAAAUCAGAUGUGGACAUGUUCUGCAGAGAAGUUUCCAUACUGUGUCGUCUAAACCAUCCCUGUAUCAUUCACUUUGUGGGGGCCUGUCUGGACGACCCCAGUCAGUUUGCUAUUGUCACUCAGUACAUUUCUGGAGGCUCACUCUUCUCCCUGCUGCAUGAACAGAAGAGGCUCAUAGACCUGCAGUCUAAGCUCAUCAUCGCCAUUGAUGUGGCCAAGGGCAUGGAGUACCUGCACAACCUGACCCAACCCAUCAUCCACCGGGACCUCAACAGUCACAAUAUUCUACUUUAUGAGGACGGGCAUGCUGUGGUCGCAGACUUUGGUGAAUCUCGGUUUCUUCAGUCUGUGGAUGAGGACAACAUGACCAAGCAGCCAGGGAACCUGCGCUGGAUGGCUCCUGAGGUGUUCACACAGUGCACUCGGUACUCAGUGAAAGCAGACAUGUUCAGCUAUGCCCUCUGUCUGUGGGAGCUGCUCACUGGAGAAAUACCCUUUGCACAUUUGAAACCAGCUGCAGCGGCUGCAGACAUGGCCUAUCACCACAUACGGCCUCCUAUUGGUUACUCUAUCCCCAAACCCAUCUCUGCACUUCUGAUGAGAGGCUGGAACUCUUCCCCCGAGGACAGACCUGAGUUCUCUGAAGUUGUAUCAAACUUGGAGGAAUGUCUUUCCAAUAUUGAGCUGAUGUCACCUGCCUCCAGUAACAGCAGUGGCUCCCUCUCCCCGUCCUCAUCCUCGGACUGCCUUAUGGCUCGAGGGGGUCCUGGGCGGAGCCAUGUGGCAGCCCUCCGCUCUCGAUUUGAGCUGGAGUACGCUCUUAAUACACGUGCAUACGCCUUCUGGUCUCAGAGUGAGCGGAGGCGGGCAUCAGGAGGCCUUACACUGGAGGAGCUGAGAAGAAGCAUGCAGUUCUCUCCAAUUGAUCGAAAUGGUUAUGUAUCUGAUCCCAUGAGCACCAUGAGAUUUUCCUCCCACUUCAGCAACAACGGCAGCUUUGAGGACAGUAACUAAGCUACAAAUAAUAGUUUUAAAUUUAGUUUUUACAUUUGAAUCAGUCUUCUUGUAUAUAGACUAUUGGUGUGUACAUAUAACUGCUGUUUUAGAGUUGGUAGAGCACGCACAACUUGACUAUUGCCUAGUAAUUUAGGUGGAGAGAUUUUGAACAUUUUACAAUGGGUCCUGCAUUUUUUAUUUAGUGUAUAACCUAAUGUGUAUUUAGUUAUAACUGACUGAGGUAAUAUGGAGAUCUUACAUAUUUAUAAUCCAUGUAUAAUUAUUUGUAUUGUAUUUGUGGGUGUAUUUGUAUCCAAGUUAAAAACACAAACUGAUAUUUUAACUUCUUUUUACUGCUAACAUUGCCAACAUUGAAUCUUCAGUUAAUUAAUAAAUAAAUAAACAUUGUCUUUCAAGUGCCAAAGACAAAGUCCUACAGCUUAAUUCACUUUGAUACUCUUAGGAAAACAUUUAGAG